AUGCUCGAUCAGUCAAAGUCGAAGUUCAUCGAGCCCGCGACGGACGGCUGGAACUACAGCAUUCAGCUGAAUCGUUGGUUCCUGAAGCCGAUCGGCGCGUGGCCGUUGAUCCUCUGCGAGAGCACGAUGGAGAAGAUCAGUUGCAUGAUCCUGACGGUGAUCAGUUCCUUCCUCAUAUGUUUCCUGCUCAUCCCGUGCACUCUCUGCACUAUCCUAGUGGACACCGAUCUUGACACCAAGAUCCGGAUGAUCGGUCCGGUCAGCUUCAUCCUAAUGGCGGGGGUGAAGCAGUACAUCCUCAUCAUCCGCAGCGAGAAUAUCAGCGAGUGCUUUCGGCACGUCCGCGCGGACUGGGGCCGCGUGGCGCUGGUCCACGAGAGGGACCGCGAAAUAAUGGUGGACAACGCCAAGUUCGGCAGGUGGCUGUCCUCCGUCUGCGCGAUCUUCAUGUACUCCGCCGGCAUAUUCUUCACCACGGUGAUGCCGAUCUGCGCGAGGAGAACGGAGAUCAUUGACAACGAGACGGUGAGGUCGCUCUCCUUUCCGAUCUACCGCGGCCUAUUCGAUCCGCGCACUACGCCGUCCUUCGAAAUCGCGCAGUUCACGCAAGCUCUGGCUGGUUACGUCAUCUACACGAUCACCAUCGGCGUGUGCAGUCUGGCAGCGGUGUUCGUCAUGCACGCCUGCGGGCAGUUUCGGAUACUCAUGCUGAAGAUGGACGAUCUGGCGGACGGUAAAGAGAGGAAGAGUGCGAGCAGCACGCACGAGGGAAGACUCGGCGACAUUGUGAAACAUCACAUCAGAAUACUCAGUUUUAUUACUCGCACUGAGGAGCUUUUAAACGAGAUGUGCCUCGUGGAUGUAGUCGGGUGUACGCUCAACAUAUGUUUUCUGGGAUUCAAUAUGAUGACGGAAUGGGAACAUCGUGAAACAUUAGGAACGAUGACAUUCUGUUCGUUACUCAUAUCUUUCACGUUCAAUAUUUUUAUCCUUUGCUAUAUUGGCGAAAUCCUUGCCGAACAGUGUAUACAAAUCGGCAUGAAGUCUUAUAUGAUAGAAUGGUAUCGUAUACCGAAUAAGGGUGCGCUCGGUUUAACGUUAGUAAUGGCUAUGUCCAAUGCCACAAUCAAACUCACAGCCGGAAAAUUUAUGGAUUUAUCCUUGGCCAGUUUUUGCAGCGUCAUGAAAGCGGCCGUGGCUUAUCUGAAUUUACUUCGUACUUUUUACGUUACGUAA